AUGAGUGGAGCGCACGCGGCCAAUUUUACAGCGAAGGACACCGAGAAAGAGAACCAGCUUUUGUUACGCGAACUGGACGAGAAGGUCGCCGAAGUCUGCGAAAAACGGCGCGUCUACCCAGCGAAAUACAAAGAGGCUCUUGAAGCAGGGCUUGAUGCCAGACUUGAAUGGCUGACGACGGCUCCCGUUGCUGGCCACAUUCUUCCUGCUCCACUGGACGUCCCGAAGAUUGUGGAGGAACUGAAAACGACAAGCGAUGAUAAGGAUAGACUGAGGGCACGCAACGAGGAUCUUCGCAAGGAAAUUGCAAAGACGCAGGACGAGCUCGAAGCAAUGCACAAAUAUAAGCAAGCGCUCUACCAGGCCAUCACCGGCGAUACCUUUGUUCCGCGAACCUUGAUGCUGAAGCGGGCUCUCUUGGGUGGUUCUCCGUUGGUCCGAGCCGCACUGGCCGCGCCUCUUUCGACCUCAACGAUUUGCGCUCAAGCUCAAGAUACGGCCGGAGAGAAGAAAUCCAUCAAGAAACCAACGAUUUGGAAGAUUGACGAGAAUGUCCGUGAAAAACUCGCGAAUUUUGGCCGCUAUGCCGCUGAAUGUCUUCCAAAAUACGUACAGCAAGCGCAGUUUGCUGCCGGCGACGAGCUCGAGCUGUUGAUCCACCCGGAUGGAGUGAUUCCCGUGCUUUCUUUCUUGAAGGGCAACCACUCGGCGCAAUUCACCAACCUCACAUUCAUCACGUGUGUUGAUGUGCCAACGAGGAAGAACCGUUUCGAGGUCGUCUACGCCCUGUACUCUGUGCGCUUCAACGGUAGGGUCCGUGUGCGUACCUACACCGAUGAAGUCGCGCCGUUGGAAAGCGCCUGCAGCGUCUUUGCGGGAGCCGAUUGGUUCGAGCGCGAGGUGUACGACAUGUAUGGUGUUUGGUUCAACAAUCACCCUGAUCUGCGCCGAAUCUUGACCGAUUACGGCUUUGAGGGGCACCCCUUCCGCAAGGAUUUCCCGCUGUCCGGAUAUAAUGAGGUCCGAUACGAUCCCGAGCUGCGGCGUAUCGUCUACGAGCCGACCGAAUUGGCGCAAGAGUUCAGGCGGUUCGACCUUGAGACUCCAUGGGAGGCGUUCCCGAAUUUCCGCAAUUCCUCGAUCACGUCUGGGUACGAGCAGAUCGAGCUGAAGCAGCAGCAGCCCCCCGCACAGCAGGAGAAGAAG